AUCAUCCACCGUGGUCUCUCCCUGCAAGCAGAGUUCCCUUUUCCCUUCUCUCUCCCCUCCCACUUUCUCUCUCUAAACCAUAAACCAAAGAGGGCUCGACGAUGGCGGCAGCUGCAGUAGCUGAAAAUGGAGUGAAAAUGGCGACAACAUCACAGGCAUACCUGGAGAGCAAUAAGGUUGAAGAAACAAAGGCUUUGAUAUCAGAGCUCUGCCGUCAAUUCUACAACCUUGGAUGGGUCUCUGGGACAGGUGGCAGCAUCACCAUCAAGGUCCACGAUGACUCCAUCCCCAAACCUCACCAGCUCAUCGUCAUGUCUCCCUCUGGUGUGCAAAAGGAAAGAAUGGUUCCAGAGGACAUGUACGUGCUCUCUCGAAGUGGGGAUAUAUUGUCUUCGCCAUUGUCAAAGCCUUACCCUUAUAAGCCACCCAAAUGUUCCGACUGCGCUUCUCUCUUCUUGAAGGCAUAUGAUAUGCGUAAUGCUGGUGCUGUUAUACAUAGUCAUGGGAUGGAAUCUUGUAUUGUGACCAUGAUCAAUCCUUCAUCGAAAGAGUUUCGAAUCACUCAUAUGGAAAUGAUAAAAGGUAUUCAAGGGCAUGGUUACUAUGAUGAGCUUGUGAUCCCCAUAAUAGAGAACACUGCCUAUGAGCGGGAGCUCACAGAAUCUCUUGCUAAAGCUAUUGAAGCUUACCCAAAAACUACAGCUGUGCUGGUUCGGAACCAUGGUAUAUACAUAUGGGGGGAUUCUUGGAUUAGUGCUAAAACUCAGGCUGAAUGUUAUCACUAUCUCUUUGAUGCUGCCAUCAAACUUCAUCAACUGGGACUAGACUGGUCUACUCCAAAUCAUGGUCCCAUUCUUAGUUUCAAAGGAGGUUUAGGGGGUGAUAGGAAUAUAAACACUUCUGUGAAGGCAGGGAAUCUUAUUUCAAAUGAUGAAAUUGGGUCAUCAAGGCGUUGCAUUGUUCUGGACAUUGAAGGGACCACAACUCCUAUAUCAUUUGUUACCGAUGUCCUCUUUCCAUAUGCCUGUGAUAAUGUGGGCAGACAUAUAGAUGCAACAUACCAUACUGCAGAAACCCAAGAUGACAUUAAUUUGUUGUGCGUUCAAGUACGAGAUGAUUUGGUACAAGGAAUUGUUGGUGCUGUGCCCAUCCCCUCUGAUAAUGCUGGGAAAGAGGAGGUGAUUGCAGCUUUGGUUGCCAAUGUGGAAGCAAUGAUAAGAGCUGACAGGAAGAUCACUGCCUUAAAACAACUACAAGGUCAUAUAUGGCGAACUGGAUUUCAGAAUAAUGAGUUAAAGGGGAUAGUUUUUGAUGAUGUACCAGAAGCUAUUGAGAAGUGGCAUGCUUCAGGAAUCAAGGUGUAUAUAUAUUCCAGUGGUAGCAGAUUGGCACAGAAGCUUUUGUUUGGCAACACAAAUUAUGGGGAUUUGAGAAAAUACUUGUGUGGUUUUUUUGAUACAACAGUGGGGAACAAGAGAGAGAAACAAAGUUAUAUUGAAAUCUCGGAAUCUCUGGGAGUGGAUAAACCAUCAGAAAUUUUAUUUGUGACAGACGUCUUUCAAGAGGGCGUAGCUGCAAAGUCAGCAGGUUUGGAGGUGAUAAUUUCUAUACGCCCGGGAAAUGGACCUCUUCCGGAGAAUCAUGGUUUUAAAACAAUUAAUUCUUUUUCAGAAAUCUAAUAUUGGAUGCAUGCAUCCCUUUGUAAUAUUUGUAAUCAUAUCGAGUGUGACAAUUAUUACAAAAUAAUGAUAUGCAUAAAUAUAGAACUUCUCUUACUGUUAAUCAUAUUUUAAUAAAAAUAUUGUUAUUUCAA